AAUUCACGCUUCCCAAUACAAAUUCCCAGACGGAUCAUCGUCACCAACCUUAUUCUUGUACCAGUACAUAAAUGAAACGCAACAACUUGCAAACAAAUAAACAGUCCUCCAAUACAUAGAUACUUCUGUGACCAAACAUUCAAUUGAAGAAGGGUCGGUAUGGAUGCAAAUCAACGCAUUUCGGUAAUCUCAGCCCAUCUCAACCCUCCAGUUCAUCUUCAGGAGAUGGAGGGUAAUUUGGGGUUGGAGCAAAUGAAGUGUAGAGCCAAAGGUGGAUCAGCUGGAUUCAAAGUGGCAAUUUUGGGGGCAUCAGGUGGCAUAGGACAGCCUCUGUCAAUGUUGAUGAAGAUGAACCCACUUGUGUCUCUUCUUCAUCUCUAUGAUGUUGCUAAUACGCCUGGUGUUACUGCUGAUAUUAGUCAUAUGGAUACUAAUGCUGUGGUGCGUGGAUUUUUGGGGCAACAACAAUUAGAGGAUGCUCUUGUGGGCAUGGAUCUUGUGAUCAUUCCAGCAGGUGUUCCCAGGAAACCAGGAAUGACAAGAGAUGAUCUAUUCAACAUUAAUGCUGGAAUUGUCAAGACAUUAUGUGAAGGAAUUGCCAAGUGCUGCCCAAAGGCGAUUGUUAAUGUAAUCAGCAAUCCUGUAAAUUCAACAGUUCCUAUUGCAGCAGAGGUCUUUAAAAAAGCAGGAAUCUUUGAUCCAAGGAAACUUUUGGGAGUCACAAUGCUGGACGUUGUUAGAACUAAUACUUUUGUGGCUGAAGUAUUGGGGCUUGAUCCAAGAGAAGUUGAUGUACCAGUCGUUGGGGGUCAUGCUGGUGUUACAAUAUUACCUCUUCUAUCCCAGGUGAAACCUCCGUGUUCUUUUACCGCUGAUGAGACUAACUAUCUCACAUCUCGGAUUCAGAAUGGUGGAACAGAAGUUGUCGAGGCAAAAGCAGGAACAGGAUCUGCUACUCUUUCAAUGGCAUAUGCUGCUGUAAAAUUUGCGGAGUCCUGCUUGCGGGGCUUGAGGGGAGAUGCUAGUGUCGUGCAGUGUUCUUUUGUAGCUUCUCAGGUGACUGAACUUCCUUUCUUCGCAUCAAAGGUGCGACUUGGCCAUCAUGGAGUUGAAGAGAUAUACCCUCUCGGUCCCUUGAGUGAAUAUGAGAGGGCUGGUUUGGAUAAGGCAAAAGAGGAGUUGGCUGCAAGCAUCAAUAAGGGUGUUGCCUUUGCUAAAAAGUGAGGUGUGGCAGUGCAAGAUUUUCUAGUUCUUUUACUAAUCUUGUAGUUCCUUGAAUAAGCUUUGGCCACUAAAAAGUUGACGGAAAUACCGAACCCCUGAUUGAAGUAGUGCAGCAAGAAGUUGAAAAUAAUAAAAACAAAAAGAUAGAGUUGUGUGUGUGGGGUAUAUUGGAUUGGGGGAUGGGGGGAAAAUAAGUACCAGGCCCUAUAGAUUGAAAGCCAUAAAAUACAUUGCAGAUUGUGUUGUAACUUGUAACCUGUAGGCUGUAACUUGUAAGCAUAUGGAAAUGAUUUUUAUAUGCACAUUAGACUUUAUUCAAUAAUAGAAAUUUGGUUUUGAGUUGAA